GUCCGACUCCACGGACUGAGCUCAUUCAGAGGAGGAGGACGUGGGUGUUCUGAUCCACGCGUCACAGACUCACCAGACGCCGUCUCUGCUGGGUCUGUUGGACUGGUUUUAUAUUUUUAUUUAUUUACUUUUUUUUUAUUUUUUAUUUUUAUUUUGAAAGAGGAACACCCACUCCAACACACACACAUCUACACACACCCUGUCUGGACCCACAGCUCCACACUGUCAGAAGCCGCAACUUUCCUGAAAUUCACUUUGGAGCGUCUGAGUGGGACAGUCCUGCGUGGAUGGGACCCACUCCAACCAGGACCUGCUUCGUGGCGUGGAUGUAAAGUGUUUUCCAGUGCAGGACAUGGACAGAUGAUCCACAGGACACCAGACAGAGAUGGAGGGAAUGGGGUAUGAAUGAGGAAGUCUUCAGCUUAAGGAAGAACAUAAAUGAAUGUUUGCCAUGCUACAUGGAAAGGCUGUGAACUCCACCCUGCUCUUGCUCCUCAUUUUCAUCAUUUUCACCACCGCCCAUGGUCGCUCUUAUCCCCGUUUUUCCCGCAAUGACACUGCGUUCCAGCACCUGGUUCUCCACCCGGACCCCUCUGUGGGGACGGUGUACGUGGGGGCCCGGGACCACCUGUUCCAGCUGAACGGAUCAGACGGACUUCGACUGGAACAGGAGGAGACGACCGGCCCUGUGACCGACAGCAAAGACUGCCUCCCUCCUGUUACCGAGUUCAACUGUCCUCAAGCAAGAAGAACCAGCAACCACAACAAGUUACUGCUGGUGGAUCCACACGGGCUGCAGCUGAUCACCUGUGGAAGUGUUCACCAGGGCACGUGUCAGAAACGCAGCCUGGCGUCGAUCAGAAAGGUUCUGUUUUCCACCGAAAGGCCUGUGGACACGCAAUACGUGGCUGCAAAUGACCCCCUGGUGUCGACGGUGGGGCUGGUGGUCAGGCCUCCUGGUGGGGAAAGAACAGUCAUGUAUGUGGGGAGGGGCUACACAGCUAGCCACCCCCCCAUCUCAACCCGGCACCUUUCAUCAGAACCGGUCUUUUCCUAUGAGGAGACCGCCAAGUUGGCUGUAGCCGGCCGUCUGUCAGAGUACGACCAUCACUUUGUAACAGCGUUCACGCGGCGCUCGUAUGUUUACUUUUUGUUUUUCCGCCGUGACAUCAAAUCGGCAUCGAGGGAGUAUCGAACCUACGCUGCACGGGUGUGUCUGGAUGACACCUCCUACUAUUCAUAUGUGGAAGUUCCUCUGGUGUGCCGCUCACCGUCGUCUCCAUCCAGGACUUACAACCUGCUCCAGGCAGCCCAGGUGGGACAGGGUGGAGGCAGGGAAGGCCAGAAUCUGCUGGGAGUCUUCUCCACCCGCAUCAGCUCCACAAACAGUGGCCCGCUGGACCCCUCCGCCCUGUGCAUUUACCCCCUGGAUGAGCUGGACAGACACAUCGACUCCACCCGCGACCUCUGUUACACUCAGGACGGGCAGGUGGAGGGGGGCGCAGAGGUGGCCUACAUCGAGUACGAGGUGAAAUCCAGCUGCGCAAACCUCCCUUUGAAUACAUUAAAGGCGUAUCCAUGCGGCUCUGACCACACCCCCAGUCCAAUGGCGAGCCGGAUACCACUGGAAGCCAAAGCUGCGUGGACCACCUCAUCAGCCCGUCUCACCGCCGUGGCAGUCAGCGUCAAAGACGGACACAGCAUCGCCUUCCUCGGAGACUCCAAAGGAACUCUGCACAAGGUCUAUCUGGGCCAAGAUGGUGAGGUGGAGGUGUACGCCAACACGACCAUCCAGCCCAGUUCACCCAUUAACAGCGACCUUCUGUUGGACCACAACGGAGCACACGUCUACGUCAUGACCAAAACCUCUGUGGAGAAGCGCCCCGUGGCCGAAUGCGGAGUCCACAUGGACUGCCAGUCCUGUUUGUCUGAUAAAGACCCCUACUGUGGCUGGUGUGUCCUGGAGGGGAGGUGUGGCCAGCGAUGGGAGUGUCAGCGAGGGUCUGUGCAGGGUCACUGGUUGUGGAGUUUUAACCAGACGCAGCAGUGCCUCAGUAUUCAACACCUCAGUCUGUACAACAUCAGCCGUGGACAGGAAACCCACAUCACUGUGUCAGUUGAAGGUCUUCCUACUUUGAGCCAAUCAGAGGCCUAUUCAUGCUUCUUCCAGGACACUGAAUCUCCAGCAUCUCUCACCAACACUGGCAUCGAAUGCUCCACCCCCGACGCCAGCAGCCUGCCCCCCAUUGGCCAUGGAGACGAGUUUGUGAUGGUGACCCUGUCGCUGCGUUUCCUAAAUGUGACAGUGGCGGAGACAGAGUUCACCUUCUAUAACUGUAGCCUGGUGCAGCAGCUGUCUGGACGCAGACCAUGCCAGGGGUGUGUCAGCAGCCGCUGGGGUUGUAACUGGUGUAUCCACCAACAUGUGUGCACACACAAACCCACCUGCAGCCGUGGAGUGACCAUCUACAACCACAACUUCAAACCACCACCACCACCCACGGUCCCACCACCCACCAGCAAACUGACACCUUUACCCCCAGCUGUGCCAACAACAACAGCUACAACAACAACAACAGUUACAACAACAACAGCUACAACACCACCCCCACCCACAGAGACACCCACCCAGUCUGUAGCCCCCACCACUGUGACACAACCGCUCACUGUUUGGAAUGCUGCGUCCAACUCCUCCAUGACCCUGACCACAGUGUCCCCCUCUGCAAAGACCCUCACACAGGCCCCUCCCACACAUACACAGGCCCCUCCCACACACACAGACAUCACCACCCCUGUUAGGUUAGUCUCUGAUGCGGGUGGGGUUACAGCCAGACUCAGCGUCACUACGGGGAAAGUAGGUGGUGCGGUAGAACCCGUACCUAACAGUAAUGAGACUACAUUACCCAGCAGCACUAGGGGCCAGGUCUCGUCUAGUGGAGCUGGGGGCUCAUCCUCUGCUCUCAGCUCCACCCCCUCCACCAAUUUAACAGACUUCAGUCCCAUUGAUGAUAAAGAGGUCAUUCCUCUGGAACCUGGAGGACACAGGGACUCGCCUCCGUGGCCGAAGGAGUGGGCGGAGCCAGCAGGAGGCGCUGACGCAAACAGCGACGCGUUCAUACUUUCUGCAACACCAGGUCCAUCUAUUGUAGGCACCAGUGAAAAGCCACCUAUGUAUUCACAGUCACCUGAAACACUUACUGAGCCCAGCUCUGAGUCUGCAGACAACUACCAAUCAGAUCGCUCUACCGACUCUGAUUUUCCGGAAUGUCCAUGUGUGGACAAGGUUCAGGAUUCCUCCCUCUUACCUGUGAACGUGGAGAGGAAGAUCACACUGGUGGGACAACACCUGAACCUGUUUCAGGAUGAGAACCUGGAGUACGAGUGUGUGUUGGACAUUGAAGACCAGUCUGUGGUGGUGGAUGCAUCUGUGGAGGAGGACGUCCAACAGCCGUCUGUCUUCUUCAUAACCUGUCAAGCUCAUCAGUAUGUCUAUUCAGCCUUGAUGGAGGAAUACCGAGCCAUGAUCAAUGUGAGAAGAAAAAACAACUUCCUUGUCGACAGUGCUGAGGAUCUGCACGUGACCCUGUUCAACUGUUCGGUGGGUCGGUCUGACUGUAGCCGCUGCCGAACCGCCGACGCCAAGUACGGUUGCGUUUGGUGUGGAAGCCCCGCCCACUCUCACUGCGUCUUUGGUGAAUCCUGCACUGAUGAAGUCAAACACACCUGUCCUGCUCCAGUCAUUCACUUUCUGGACCCGGUGUCUGGUCCUGUCGAGGGGGGGACGGUUCUGACCAUUUCAGGCUCGAACCUGGGCCAGAGAGCUGAAGACAUCCAGAACUCAGUCACAGUGGCUGGAAUUCCCUGCAGCGUCAUCCACAGCAGAUAUGAAGUGUCUUCACGGAUAGUGUGUCAGACUACAGGCAGCGGAGGAGAGAAGAGUGGCCACGCUUCGGUCCGAGUCAGAGGAGGAGGGUUAGGGCUGUCGGCGCAGACCUUCAGCUUCCAGGAUCCAGUGCUGAGCAGCAUCUUUCCACAGAGAGGACCGAAGGCGGGGGGGUCAUCGCUGACCAUCAGAGGGCGGAGCCUGAGGACCGGACACCCCAGUGAAGUCAGCGUCCUCAUUGGGGGGGUGUCCUGCCUGGUGCUGAACAUCCAGGAGGAUCAGAUCAGCUGUCUGACCCGAGGCAGUAACCGAACCGGAGAACACGGCAUCACCGUCCGCUUUGGUGGAGCAGAGCGCCACCUACAGGGGCUGGUGUAUCAUUACACCCCCAACCCCAACAUCAGCAGCGCAUCUCCGUCUAAAAGCUUCCUGAGCGGAGGCAGAAUCAUCAGAGUCUCUGGUCAGAACCUGGAUGUGGUCCAGGAACCCAGAAUACGGGUCACCUUGAGUCCCCCGGACACUCUACCCCCCAGAAGGAGGAGGAGGAGGAGGAGCGCAGGCAAGAGGUCCGAUAGACCUGUGGGGGGGGCAGUGAACCACCAGGGCCCAGUGAAGAGAUGGAGGAGGAUCGUCCCAGAGGCUGAGUGUCCAGAGGGGGCGCUGUGUCAGGUCAAACAGUACGAGUCUGGCUGCACAGUAAACAGCUCCUCCCUCAUCCUGUGUCCAACCCCAGCGGUGGGACCAGAGGCCAGGAGGGCCAGGGUCAAAGUUCACUUCCUUCUGGACAGCCUCCAUUUUGACUUCAGCUCCGUCGGGAACGAAGCCUUCAGCUACGAGCCCAACCCGAAACUCUACCCUCUGAACCAGAACGACCGCAACAAACCCUACCACCACAAACCGGGAAGCAUCAUCUCAGUGGAAGGGGAGAACCUGGAUUUAGCCAUAUUCAAACAUGAGGUGGAGGCUCGGAUCGGGGGCGGGGUUUGUUCGGUGAAGACGCUGACCCAUAACCACUUGUACUGUGAGCCCCCGGCCCAGCAGCCCUCCCCACCAGCCAAUCAGAAACAGGACGGUCUGGACAGUCUGCCGGAGUUCACAGUGAAGAUGGGGAACCUGAACUUCUCGCUGGGCCGAGUGCAGUACGACAGCCAGGCCCAGUCCACGUUCCCUGUGGAGGCCCAGGUGGGGGUCGGGGUGGGGGCCUCCAUCGUGGCCCUCAUUGUGCUCAUCAUAGUCCUCAUAUACAGGAGGAAGAGCAAACAGGCCAUGAGAGACUAUAAGAAGGUCCAGAUCCAGCUGGAGAACCUGGAGACCAGUGUCAGGGACCGAUGUAAGAAGGAGUUCACAGAUCUGAUGACAGAAAUGAUGGACAUGUCCAGUGAUCUGGUGGGUUCAGGGAUCCCCUUCCUGGAUUACCGGGCGUACGCCGAACGCAUUUUCUUCCCAGGCCACCAGGAGUCUCCACUGAGGCGAGAUCUGGACGUCCCUGAGAGUCGGAGGCAGACGGUGGAGCAAGGCCUGAUCCAGUUAUCGAACCUGCUCAAUAGUAAACUGUUCCUCACUAAGUUCAUCCACACUCUGGAGGUCCAGCGGACGUUUUCGCCCAGGGAUCGGGCCUACGUGGCCUCUCUGCUGACUGUAGCUCUGCACGGUAAACUGGAGUACUUCACCGACAUCCUCAAGACUCUUCUUAAUGACCUGGUGGAACAGUAUGUGGCCAAGAACCCCAAACUGAUGCUCAGGAGGACUGAGUCGGUGGUUGAGAAGCUGUUGACAAACUGGAUGUCCAUUUGUCUUUACACCUUUCUGAGGGAAUCAGCAGGGGAGUCGUUCUACAUGCUGUUCAGGGCCAUAAAGCACCAGGUGGACAAGGGACCCGUGGACGCCGUGACAGGAAAAGCCAAGUACACACUGAACGACAACCGGCUGCUACGAGAGGACGUGGAAUAUCGCACACUGACCUUAAAUGUUGUGAUGCCAGCCUCAGCCGCCAGCGGGGGCGCCACCACGCAGACGGUACCGGCCAAGGUCCUGGACUGUGACACCAUCACUCAAGUGAAGGAGAAACUUCUGGAACAAACCUGGAAGGGAACGUCCUUCUCACAGAGGCCACACAUUGACUCAUUACACCUGGAAUGGCGUGCAGGCGUUGCAGGUCACCUGAUCCUCUCCGAUGAGGACCUGACAUCGGUCGUACAAGGCUCAUGGAAACGCCUUAAUACCUUACAGCACUACAAGGUUCCUGAUGGAGCCACAGUCGCUCUGGUCCCCAGGAACACCAAACAUCACCUCCAUGACAGCCAUGACUACAUGCCUGGAGAGAAGACGCCGAUGCUGGACGAUGGGGAGGACGGAGGGGUGAGGCUUUGGCAUGUGGUGAAAGCCAGCGAGGAGUCAGAGCUGCCCAAACACAGGAGGGGGAGUGUGAGGGAGAGAGGGGGGGAGAGGGCCAAGGCCAUCCCCGAGAUCUACCUCACACGACUGCUGUCCAUGAAGGGAACGCUGCAGAAGUUCGUGGAUGAUUUAUUCACCGCCAUCCUCAGCACCAGUCGACCCGUCCCUCUGGCCGUCAAGUACUUCUUCGACCUGUUGGAUGAGCAGGCGCUGCAGCACAACAUCAGCGACCCAGAGACCAUUCACAUCUGGAAAACCAACAGUUUACCACUGCGGUUUUGGAUCAAUAUUCUCAAGAACCCACAGUUCAUCUUUGAUGUGCAGACGUCAGACCACGUGGAUGCCGUCCUGUCCGUUAUCGCGCAGACCUUUAUGGAUUCAUGCACCAUCGCUGACCACAAACUGGGACGGGACUCUCCCAUCAACAAGCUGCUGUACGCCAGAGACAUCCCUCGCUACAAACAGAUGGUGGAGAGGUACUAUGCAGACAUCCGUCAGACCAUCUCUGCCAGUGACCAGGAGAUGAACUCAGCUUUAGCUGAACUGUCCCGCAAUUAUGCUGCUGAGGUCAACUGCCUUGUGGCUUUGCAUGAACUGUACAAGUACAUCAACAAAUACUACGACCAGAUUAUCACGGCCCUUGAAGAAGAUUCCACGGCGCAGAAGAUGCAGCUGGGUUACCGGCUCCAACAGAUCGCCGCCGCCGUGGAGAACAAAGUCACCGACCUAUGACCCCACGACCUCACGGACACGGUGGGUUUAUCCUCGAAACCAGGACGCUGAUGGGACGCAGGACUGUUUCCCAUCCAAAAAAAAAAAAAAACAAAUAAAAGAAGGAAAGUUAAGGACCAUAGAGGACAGAGGAGUAUCGUGGCGCAUACGCUGAGUACUAGACUUAACUCUAGUCUAAUCUUUGCUGAUCGUGGCCGUGUUUUGUGUCCCAGACCAGAUGUCCUUCACAUUUCCACAGGUCCUGCACGUCAGACAUGAACAGGUGAAGGAGGAAGGAAAAAAGGGGGAUGUGAUUGGGAAAUUCAAUUAAAAAAAAAAACUGCACAGAACAUUCCAGUUUUCCAGCUAAACGCUCCAUUGUUCUGCUGAGGAUCUGGUUGAAGAAACGGAGAAUGAGGAGGAAAAGGGAAAAAGCAGGACUUGAACUACCAUGUUUUUCUGGCGGCGGAGUUUCAUCACAUGAUGUCGAAGUCUUACACGGAGAACAAACUAAAAACAGCCGCUCUUUGGACUUUAUCUCGGCCUUCCUUAAAUCACUCUUCCAAGUCUUAGCUUAAUUAACGGUUACUGGACAAUUUGUGGCUUUUGUGGAAGCAGUUUUCCAGACACAGAAUAUCAUGUGUUGUUUUUUGUUUUGUUUUUUUUUAAGCUUCACAUCUCCAGUGGUCAUUUUUAUUUUACUGUAAUGUAGAGAUGCUGCCUCGUGUAGUUUAAACGGAAACCAGUGUUUUGUAAAAAAAAAAAAAAAAAAAAAAAAGAAGAAGAAAAAAUA